UUCACUCCAUGUUGCAGUGGACUGCACUGAAGCUCCCAGAAGCUGAGCAGAGAAUUCUGGACUUGCAGCGAACUACCGUGACAGAUUCUGACAUUUUUUAUGAGAACCCUCUGUCUACCCAGUCAGAACAAUCCUCAAAUUCAUCAAAGACACUGAGUGAAACAGACGUAGACGAAGGCAAAGGAGCAACACGCACCAGGUUUUCAAUAAUCAGUCCAAGAACAAUGCCGAAGAAAUUAGAAAAAAAAGAGAACAGUGCUGUGCAACCUGAGAGUUUAUAUGAAAGUAUAGAAAAUUACGAUACGAAUAAUUAUGUUGUAUCUCGAGAGCUUUUGGAUGAGUUUUCUAAGAACUCAGAUGAUUCGGACACCAUUGAUCCUGAAAUACAAGAUGUGCUUAAAUCUCCACCUGCAGAAAUGUCAAACAAAUUUAAAAAUAAACUUAAGGACUUGGAAAAUGUUACGCUUAACAUCGCCGUAACUGGGAUGACUGGAGCUGGCAAGUCCUCUUUUGUCAAUUCCCUGAGAGGCCUUCGAAGCGAUCAUUCCGAUGCGGCUCCCACGGGAACAGUUGAGACCACAUUAAAACCAACCAUGUACCUACAUCCCACUAUGCCUAACGUUAAGAUCUGGGACCUGCCUGGAAAUGGUAGUCCAAAAUUUAAAGCAAAGAAGUACCUGAAAGAUGUUAAGUUGAGCACAUAUGAUUUCUUUCUUAUAGUGUCCUCUGAAAGGUUCAAGGAAAAUGAUAUAAAGCUAGCCAAAGCCAUUCAGGAAAAUAAGAAGCGGUUUUAUUUCAUUCGCACUAAAAUUGACAACGACCUGCGGGCUGAGGGACACAAAAGAGGCUUUAUUGAGCAGAGGGUGCUUGACAAAAUUCGAGAAGAUUGUGAAAAGAACCUGCAGAAAGUCGGAAAACCCAAAGUAUUUUUAAUAUCCUCAUUUCAACUAGAAAAAUUUGACUUUCAGAGCUUGGUCAACACUCUUGAGGAGGAACUUCCUAAAAAUAAAAGAUUUGCUCUCAUUCAGUCUCUGCCAGUUUACUCUACAGAAGCAUUGAUUAAAAAGAAAACUUAUUUCAAGAAAAUGAUUUGGCUCCAUGCCUUGGCGGCAGGUGUCGGGGCAAUUCCUCCCAUUCCAGGAUUGUCUGUGAUCUGUGACUAUGGCAUUAUGAAAAACUUCUUCAAACAAGUAUUUACAGGAUUUAGCUUAUCAGAUGAUGCACUGCAGUCCCUUUCAGAAAGGGUCAACCAACCAGUGGACGUUCUUAAAGCAGCCAAGACGUCACGUUUCAAAGAUGGAGUCAGUGAGGCUAUUUUGAUGGACAUGUUGUCUAAACCAAUCAUUGCUGUGACAAAAACGCUCGGGACAGUAAUGGCUCUUCUGCCAGGGGGAGCGUUCCCAGCAGCAGGCACUGCUGUCGCCAGUGUGCACUACCUGCUGAAUUUGGGACUAAAUGAAAUGGCAGAGGACACUAAAAAUGUUCUUAUUGCGGCAAAACUUGCUGUGCAAGACUAACAUGCAGAAAAUAUAUUUUAGGUCUAAUGUUGUAGUAUUUGUAAAUGACUUACAUAAUAUAUGUAUAAUAAAUAAUGUUGCUUGCAUUAAUUUAUAUAAAAAAAUAUAUAAUUAUAAUAAACAAAUAAUGUUAUAUGUUAUGUUUGCUUAGUUGUA